AAGAAUACUAUUUUAAAGUCUACUAUUUUUGUGUGCGUAUUGGAGGGAAUGAGUGAACGGUUAAUUUAAAAGUCUUUCAAGUGGUAGCUUGACGGCGAAGAGUGCGCAGGUUAAGUGAAUCUGCUUAGUAUUGGGCGUAGGUUAUUAGGAAGAGCAAAAUCAAGAACCAAAAAGAAAAAAAAACCAGUAAAAAGAAAAUUUUAUUUCUUACAAAGGAAAGAGGGGAAUCGAAAUAAUAAAAAAAAGAAAAAGAAAAGAAAGAGAAAGGAAAAUAAAAGUCGCCGUUGAUGUUCGAUGCCGAAAAUGAAGCAUCUGUUGAGGAAACUCCACAUCGGCAGUGGAUUAAAUGAGCAGCAACGAUUGGCGGAGGCACAGCCCGUGAUCAGCUCGAUUCCGAGCCCGAGUCCGAGUCCUAACUCGAACUCGACGAGCGUAACGGGAAUGGAAACGACGACUUCUUCUUCAUCGUCUUGGGGUAGUUCGGGGACAAUGGGGAGAGUUGGGGCCGUUGAACCGGUCGGGGGAGAUAGGACAGCUGGGGAUGAGGUGGAUUUUAGUUUAUUAGAGGAAGAAUUUCAGAUGCAGUUGGCUUUGGCGAUCAGUGCCUCGGAUCCCGAGACGGUUCAGAUCGACGCUGCUAAAAGGAUUAGCCUCGCCGGAACCGAUACCAAUACCUUCGUUGAGUUCCUCUCGAUUCGUUAUUGGAAUUAUAAUGUUGUAAACUAUAAUGAAAAAAUUGUGGAUGGAUUUUAUGACGUGUAUGGCAUUGCCUCAACUCUGGGUGCACAAGGGAAAAUGCCUUCUUUGGUUGAUCUUCGAGCGGUAUCAGUUUUAGAUAAUGUGGAUUAUCAAGUAAUUUUGGUUAACCGGUUGCUUGAUCCUGAACUGCAAGAGCUUGAGAAAAGAGUAUAUAACAUUUAUGUGCAGUCUCGAUCUUUUGGCCGCAGCCCAGUUGUAAGUGGCAUGAUUCAGAAAAUUGCGGAAAUGGUUGUUAAUAGAAUGGGUGGUCCCGUUGCUGAUGCUGAAGAGAUGUUGAGAAUGUGGACUUCAAGAAUUUAUGAGUUACAAAAUUCUCUUAAAACCAUCAUUCUUCCACUUGGACGUCUUGAUGUUGGACUUUCCCGCCACAGAGCUCUGCUUUUUAAGGUUCUAGCUGAUAGAAUUAAUCUCCCGUGCAUGCUGGUCAAAGGCAGCUAUUACACUGGUACCGAUGAUGGAGCAGUGAACUUGGUUAGAAUCAACAAUGGAAGUGAGUAUAUUAUUGAUCUGAUGGGUGCUCCUGGGACGCUAAUUCCUGCUGAAGUACCAAGUUGUCACCUCCUAAAUUCUGCACUAGGUGUAAGGGGCUUUACUGAUCUUACUGAAGCCUCUCGAGGUUCACGUUUGCUGCUUGAUCAAGGAAUUGAAAAUAUGGCAGUUUCAGCCACUCUAGAUACAAGCUCUAAAGCUGGUGCCUUGAGGUCAGUGGAAUUGGUCAGCAGUCAGACAAAUAAAGAUGAGAGGAACUUUGCUGGAAGAGCUGUCUCUGAGAGAUCUGAACAGGACUUAGGGAAGCUUCUUCCCUCGGCUUCUAAAUCCAGUGAAUGUGUUUCUGCCAUUCAUGACAAACCAUCUGCAGCUCAAAAGAGGAAGGUUAAAAAUGUGUCUAAGUAUGUUAUUAGCGCAGCAAAGGACCCAGAAUUUGCUCAGAAAUUACAUGCUGUUCUGUUGGAGAGUGGUGCAUCACCACCUCCAGAUUUGUUCAUGGAUAUUAAUUCACAGGACCUUGGUGAACAAUGCAUGUCUGACCAAGUAGUGAAAGGGACAAAUGUAGAUGUAGCUUCUAGCUGCCAUUCAAAUAAAUUGUCAACCAAUGAGCUCUCUCUUGUGUCAUCUGGAAUGGAGACUUCAGAAAAUACUAACUUCAUUAGACAAAAGCAAAUGGAAUUGAAUGCCGUAAAAACUAAUGUUGCAUCUUCCUCCGAUGCUUCAAAAGAGGGACUUCUUGUUGGUUAUACAACUAAUGAUUGGAUACAAAUUCACGAGCCCUCCUGCUCCUCUGAUGAGUUCUGCCAAAUACAACCAGAAAAUGUCUUGACCACGGAUGAGAAACUAAUACAAAGGGCUUCUAAUUUGGAUUUCUGUAAAGAAUCUGCAUUAGAAGGGAUAGAAACUGCAGGUAGUGACUGGCAUCUGGUUGGCAAUGAUCCCAGUGAGAAGAUUUAUCCUAUGCCUAGGGAGGUUUCUGAAUGGGAAAUUCCAUGGGAGGAUCUUCAAAUUGGUGAACGCAUUGGUAUUGGAUCAUAUGGCGAGGUCUACCGAGCAGAUUGGAAUGGCACUGAGGUUGCUGUGAAGAAGUUUCUAGAUCAAGAUUUCUCUGGUGACGCACUAGUUCAAUUUAAAUGUGAAGUUGAAAUCAUGUUAAGGUUGAGGCAUCCAAAUGUUGUUCUUUUCAUGGGAGCUGUUACUCGCUCCCCUCAUUUCUCUAUACUGACAGAGUUUCUUCCCAGGGGAAGUUUGUAUAAGCUACUGCAUCGACCCAAUCAUCAACUUGAUGAGAAGAGACGAAUGCGAAUGGCUCUUGAUGUGGCUAAAGGAAUGAAUUAUUUGCACACAAGCAAUCCUACUAUAGUGCAUCGAGAUUUGAAAACACCAAAUCUCCUUGUUGAUAAGAACUGGGUUGUAAAGGUCUGUGAUUUUGGGUUGUCACGCUCAAAGCAUCAUACUUUCCUGUCUUCAAAGUCUACUGCUGGAACGCCCGAAUGGAUGGCACCUGAAGUUUUAAGGAAUGAACCAGCCAAUGAGAAAUGUGAUGUGUACAGUUUUGGUGUGAUAUUAUGGGAGUUGGUUACUUUACGCAUUCCCUGGAAAGGUUUGAAUCCUAUGCAAGUUGUUGGAGCUGUUGGAUUCCAGAAUAGGCGUCUAGAAAUUCCCGAAGAUGUUGAUCCGAUGGUUGCACAGAUUAUACAUGAAUGUUGGCAAACGGAGCCACAUCUACGACCAUCAUUUGCAGAGUUGAUGACACGACUGCGACGUCUUAAAUGUAUGUAUAUUGAAAGGCGAAAAUCCAAAAACCAAAUCAUAUAGGAUGCUAAGUGGACAGUGGAGUGAGGUGUGUUUUGAUGGAAUAAGUAUUUUGUUAGCUGUUUCCUGGCGGCUACCGGAAGGUUUCCAUUUUUAUGUGCAAAGAAAGUGAAUAGAGAUAGGAUGGGGAAGGUGUUGGCUCAUUCGAAGUGGGGGAUCGGCACUUCCCAUCCCCAUUCAAAGUAAAGCCGCUGCAUAAAGGAGCAGUAGGGUUGGAGGAGGAUCCAUACCACUUAUAAAAUUUGUGUCUAGUAUUUAUGAAUAGGUAGCGUCUGUCAAAGUGUAAGAAAAGUUACCUAUAGGGAAAAAAAAAAAAAAGGAAAGAGAAAAAUAAAGUAGUGUUACAAGUUGUGGCUGUGGGGGGAUCUAUGCUUUGGGUAAGUAAAUGAAAUCCCAAUCCCUAGAAUUGUAAACAUGUGAUCUCUACAGCUCAGUGUUGAAAAAAAAAGAAUUAUCUGCAAAUAAUGUUAUCCUUUGUUCUCCA